ACAUGUCUGGUCUGUUGGGUAUCCGCCUGUUGUUGCUGCUGCUAUGGGGCUGUGGCUGCCUCUGGCUCACCAGUCCAACAUCUGCAGCACUGGUCAUCUUUGAGGACACUGAAGCUCCAGAGGAAACGACAGGAGCUGCCACAAGGCUUCAGAAAAGAAGCACAAAUGAAACAAUGGUGGAAGUGCACAGUGUGACAGUGGACUGCACUGUGACGUCCCGCUUUGCCCACACCGUCCUAACCUCGGUGGCUCUAAACAGAGCCAACUCAUCAAAGGAAAUCUUCUUUGAAGUGGAGCUCCCUAAGUCUGCCUUUAUCACAAAUUUCAGCAUGGAAAUUGAAGGCAAGGUGUAUGUUGGAGAGGUGAAGGAAAAGGAGAAAGCUAAGAAACAAUACGAGAAGGCUGUUUCAUCUGGACAGACAGCGGGAUUGGUCAAGGCUUCUGGAAGGAAGAUGGAGAUGUUUUCUGUGUCAGUCAGCAUUGCAGCUGAAAGCAACGUGACUUUCAUCCUUACUUACGAGGAGCUCCUUCAGAGGAAAUUGGGCCAGUAUGAGAUUCAGAUCCGAGUGAAACCCAAAAGUCUGGUUCAGCAGUUUCGGAUUUUGGCAAAUAUCUAUGAGCCUCAGGGCCUGUCUUACGUUGACGCCCAAGCUACUUUCCUUUCCAACGAGCUGCUCCCUCUGGUGGAGAAAACAGUCACGGACAAAAAGGCCCAGAUCUCUUUUUCACCAACUGUGGAGCAGCAGAGAAAGUGUGCAGGUUGUGAUGGAACACUGAUAGAUGGUGAUUUCAUCAUUAAGUAUGAUGUGGACAGACAGGGGAGCCUUGGGGACAUUCAGAUUGUGAAUGGCUACUUUGUGCACUUCUUUGCUCCCCCUGACCUACCCAGAGUGCCUAAGAAUGUGGUGUUUGUAAUCGACAGGAGUGGGUCGAUGUCCGGCAGAAAGAUGGCACAGACACGAGAGGCAUUGCUGGCCAUUUUAGAGGACCUCAAUGAAGGGGACCACUUUGCUCUCAUCGAGUUCGACUCCAGUGUUUCAUCUUGGAAGGAGUCUCUCACCAAAGCAACUAAGGAAAGCGUGGCUGAAGCCAAGAUCUAUGUCAGAAAUAUCGUAGACAGAGGAGCUACUGAUAUCAAUUCUGCAAUGCUGGAAGGGAUAAAUAUGCUGAUCAAAGACAGACAGGAGAACAGGCUACCUGAGAGAAGCAUCGAUAUGAUCAUUUUACUGACUGAUGGAAUGCCAAAUUCUGGAGAGUCUCACAUCCCAAACAUCCAGGAAAAUAUGCAUUCUGCCAUUGGGGGAAACAUGUCUCUGUUCUGUCUUGGAUUUGGAAAUGAUGUGGACUACAGCUUCCUGGAUGUGAUGAGCAAACAGAACAAAGGAUUGGCUCGCAGAAUCUAUGAAGCUUCAGAUGCUGCACUUCAGCUCCAGGGUUUCUAUGACGAAGUGUCCAGCCCGCUGCUCUUAGAAGUAGACCUGCAAUAUCCAGACAAUGCAGUUGACUAUGUGACCACCAGUCACUUUCCUCAGUUGUUUAAUGGCUCAGAGAUUGUGGUGGCAGGUCGGCUGACGGACGACAACUUAGACAACUUCCUGGUCGAAGUUAUUGGCCAGGGGCUUGAUGAGAAGUUCAAUGUGCAAGGUCAGGCCACUAUUGUUGACUGGAAUGUGAUGUACCCCGAUGAGACUUACAUCUUUGGAGAUUUCACUGAGCGUCUGUGGGCAUACCUCACCAUCCAACAGUUACUGGAAAAGAGUAAGACUGGUGCCUCAGAUGAAAAAGCAAACGCCACAGCCAAGGCCCUAGAAAUGUCCCUGCAGUACAGCUUUGUCACUCCUCUCACAUCCAUGGUGGUCACCAAGCCUGAAACAGGGGAUGAGCCAGAUAGCCCUCUCAUCGCGGACAAACUGACCGAGGAGCAAAGACAGCAAGCAGAAAGACUGAGACCAAUGGGUAUGUUAAAGCCAGCAGUUGCAUCUCACCAGUAUGCACGAGGAUCCAUUGCACCGCAUCCAGUGUAUCUCGUGGUUGGGGAUCCCCAUUUCGUAAUAGAGCUUCCUGAGAGAAACGACUCUCUGUGCUUCAACAUCAACAAUGUACCAGGAACCAUUUUUAAUCUGGUCCGAGAUCGAGAAUCAGGUGUUUUUGUAAACGGCCAGAUCAUCGGAGACAAGAAGAUUCCCCCCAAUGGGAAAAUGAACACCUAUUUUUGGCGUUUCGGCAUCAUCCAACAGACUUUGGGGGUAAGGCUGCAGGUGACCACUCAGGAUAUUUCAGUCUUACAGGAUGGCAAAGAGGUCAAGCUGCUGUGGACGGAUACGGCCUCUCUGAAAGGACCCAAUGUGGAUGUUCUGGUAACCAAAGAUAGCAGCUUGACUGUAACACUGAAGGGCUCUGUUAAGUUUGUGAUCCUGCUCCACAAAGUGUGGAAGAAGCAUCCGUACCACCGGGACUACCUUGGUUUCUACACCCUGGAUACCCAUCUUCUAUCCCCUUCUGUUCAUGGCUUGCUAGGUCAGUUUUACCACGGCAUUGAAUAUGAAGUGACAGACAUACGCCCUGGAGAAUCUCCAGAAAAACCAGAUGCCACCAUGUUUACAAAAGGACAACAGCUCAAUGUAACCAGAGGCUGGCAGAGAGACUUCAGAAAGGACAUUAAGGACGGCAAAAAUGUUCCCUGCUGGUUCAUUCACAGUAACGGGUCAGGCCUCAUCGAUGGAGCACCAACAGACUACAUUGUGUCAGGCCUUUUUACAACAGUUUGAAAGCAAGUAGUACAACCAUAUGCACUACUAAUAUGAUAAAAAUCAAAUUCAUAAAAAUAAUGGAGAAAUUCAGCUUGGCACUCAUGCAAAGAAAAAUCUUUUUCAAAUAUUGUGGACAACUUCAAGGAUUAUAAGAACUUUUCUAAACAUUUUAAAAACUGCUGGGUUAAAAUUUCCCCAAUUUGGGUUAUUUUACCAGCUCUGGACCGAUUCAGGACUUGGUUGAUUCAGCACAACAGGAAUGAUCUAUGGUUUUGGAUCCAGGUUACUGGGUUAGAUUUUCAGUGCCAAAAAUGUAUUAAUUCAUUCAUUUAAUUAUUAAUAAACUCCUUUAAAACAUCCAAUUAAGGAGACCAAAGCGAAUAGCAAUAAAAUCAGUAAAACACUCAAAACGAUCUCAGAAAAAAAGUAAUUUAGUUAAAAAGAAAUAUGCUGAGGAAUAUUUAAAGCCAUUCUGAACAAAUGCAUCUUUAAUCUGCUUUUUAAAAGGCCAAUUUGGUGAUGGCGUGAAGAUGUCAAAGACACAGGUUCAGGAGUGUGGGUGCUACCACCAAAAAGGCCCAAUCACCCCAGUGUUUAGGCUUAGUCCUCGGAACAUCCAUUAAAAGCUGACUAGAUGACCUCAAGGACCAGCCAUGUACACAAACACUUAAAGGUUCAGAUAAAUAAGGAGGCACAAAACAUUAAGAGAUUUUAAAAAUCAACAGUAAACAUUUAAAAUCAAUUCUCAAAUGAACAGCAAGCUGGUAUAAAGAAUAUAAAACAGGGGUAAUGUGCGCACCUCAGGGAGGUGUUAGUUAAAAGACAGGCAGUUAUAUUCUGGACAAGGGAUUUAGGCUCAACUGGGAGUCACCAACAUAUGCCUUUUUUCAAUUCACGAUUCCAGUGCCGCACAGGUCCACUCUGCUCAACUUCACUCUACUCAGCAGGAAACCUGUUGUGUUUCCACUGAAGGCAGUAAUAGAAACUGUCGCAAAACAGGCUGCGUGAAAUGGAGCUGGCCAAAGUAGAACCCAUGGAAAAGGUGCAAUAGAGCAUUACAAUUUUCCCCUAAGUUGUUAACAAUGUUCUUUAGAUUAAAAGUCAAAGCCAAAUAAAAUACAUUCAGUUUGUUGUUUAUUGAAAAACAAAACAUUCUGACUCAACCAGCAUUACACUCCAGUAAUGCAAUGCAUUAGAAUGGAGAGUAUUACUGCAACCUGGCUUUAAAGACAAAUAGAUCUGGAGAUCAUCUGCAUAGUAGUGAAAGGAUAACUGGUGCCAAUUUAUAAUAGCUCCAGAUGCCAGCAUAUCAAGUGAAAAUAGAAGACAGCCAAGAAUAGAGCCUUAGGGGACAUGAAAGAGGAGCACUAGAAGAGGUAAAAUUAUUAAUCAUGACAGAGAAAGUUCUAUCUGUCAGAUAAAAAGUGAACCACUUCAGUGCUGUGCCACGGAUACAGACAUAGCGGAACAGAAUGAUCCAUUAUGUCAAAGUCUGCUUUGAGGUCCAACAAAACCAGAACCACAGGGAACUUUUGAUUGAUAGACAAAGCUAUAUCAUUAUGUACAUUAUGUAUAAAGUGGUCUCUGUACUAUCUCCUAAUCUAAAGCCAGACGGAAAUUUUUCAAAGAUGCCAUUACUCUUUAAAAAGGUAGAAGUUGGGUAAAAACAUUUUUUUUCCAAAAACCUAGGGAAAAAAAGAAGAAUAAGACAUUUUUCUAAAAUUAAAUAAAAUUGAAGGAUCAAGGUGAGGUUUUUUAAGAAGGGGCUGAACAACAGCAGGUAACUAGAACUUUUUUCUAUUUAUUAUUCUUACACUUCUUAAUGAGCAUAGAGAACAGAUGCUGCCAUGGACCCUUCCUCUAUCACAUAGCACUCUAAGGCAGCCAAGUCAUUUUUAGGUUGUCAGUUACUGUCACUUCCAUGAUGUUAUUCCAGUCUCCCACAGCUAUAGUAUUACAGUUACAUGCACAUGGUAAACAACACAAAUUAAGUGAUGAUGACAUUUGGGACAGCAAACAGUUGUUGAAGAGUUGACAACAUUGGGUAUGAAACAACAUACAAGUACAAAUGACCAGCAUCCUAUGAUGAGUCUUGUAAACAACUAUUAAAUAACAACAUUCAUACUCUCUAAAUACCACUGGAAUAUUGCCUGACUAUAUUGACUUAUGACCAAUUCUUAUUAUUAUUGGUCAAAGUGCAAAUGUUGAACAUAGCUAGCAAUAGUUCGUGUUAACUACUUAGCAGCUAAAAAGGAAAUGUUAACUCAAGUGAAAAAACCCGUUCUCUAGAGCGAACUAAAGUCAUUAACAUCAAUUCACUGACAUUAAGAUUAUUGUACUGUAUCAUUUUACCUUCUUACCAUUUCUUAUUUAAUCCUUUGGAAGACGUUCAGUGAAGUGCAAACAGUUCAUUGUAUAUUACAAAAUGGUGGCCUGUGAAGAAUGAAGAGACUCUUUGAAGUCUCUUGGCUAACCCAGCAAACUGGGUCACAAUUUUUGACUUUCAACUCCUAUCCUGAAAGCAUAAAACUUAAAUAAAUAACCCAGCAGUUUUUGUGGUGUGAAGAGAUGAUAGAAACUGAGUGUUUUUUUUUUAAGGACAAAGUUCUUACAAAUGCUCUUUAGUUGGAUCGAUAUAUUUUCUGUACUUUUUGGUCACGAAGAAGACACUGGUUCAGUAAUUUUUCUUGUGUUUUUAUAUCUUUUAUAACCCAGGUAAAACUUGCCUGAGGCCCUAUAGCUUGCCCGUACUGUAACAGCAGCCAACCCUGAUUUUUUAAAUUCUUCUUUUAUAAAUGCUGACAGUGUCGAAAUGCAUGUUUCCCUGCUGUGAUUAAAAGGUUUACAAAUGUUCGCUGUAGUACUGCUGUACCACAACAUUGAAUAAAAAUUACACUGAUUUUGA